GGUGCCCGCUCCGCCCCGUGGGGAAGCGGAAGGAUACGGGGUGCCGGGGCUCCCGGUGCCCGCUCCGCCCCGUGGGGAAGCGGAAGGAUUCGGGGUGCCGGGGCUCCCGGUGCCCGCUCCGUGGAGAAGCGGAAGGGUUCGGGGUGCCGGGGCGGCCCCGCUCCCGCUGCCAUGGCGCGGCGGCCCCGCCGCGGCUGAGGGAGCCGCCAUGGCGGCCGCGCUGCGGGCCGCGCUCUGCAGCGGGCUGCUGCUCCUGGAUCCACAGUGCCCAAUGAAGCAAUUUACCUGGAGGCUCCUCAGCUUCUGGAAUGGUCCCAGUGCCCCGGAACGUGAGAAUUACUUCAGUCAACCUUCAGAGCACCUUGCAGUGGGAUGCACCAAGGUUCUCCAGAGGGAACCUCACCUACACUGUCCAGUCCAAGAGCAUCUACUACCCCGGGGACACCUAUGAGACCCUGAGGACACACCCGAGGCUGCCCCAGUGUGACCUGUCCUCGCUGUCACCCUACGGCAGCUACGUGCUGCGGCUGCGGGCCGAGGCGGGCCGGCUGCGCUCCCCCUGGGUCACCCUCACCUUCAAGCCCAUGGAUGACACCACCAUCGGUGCCCCCGAGGUGCGGCUCAGGUCGGACUCGGGGGCGCUGCACGUGGAUGUGUCGGGGCCCUUUGCAGAGCACGAGCAGGAGCGGUGGCCCCUGAGGCUCUACUACGGCUCCUGGAGGUACAGGAUCCUCUACUGGAAGAGGGGCAGCAGAGACACAGACCCGGCCUCUUCCCGGGUGGCUGAGCUGGACACGGGGCACAGCUCUGAGGUGCUGGCCCAGCUGGAGCCCUGGAGCGUGUACUGCGUGCGCGUGCAGGCGCUGGUUCCCGAGUGGAGCAAGGCAGGGCAGCUGAGCAGGGAGCUCUGUCAGCAGACCAGCCACAACGGUGUAACCCCUGUGUGGAUGAUUGUGACUGUUCUGGUGGGGUCCAUGCUGGUCGUGGGCACGGCUGUCACCGCUUGUUUCUUCUCCAGUUUUUAUCUGUACAGACUCACCAAACAUGUUUUCUGCCCUUCCUACAUUUUCCCACAGCACUUGAAAGAGUUUCUGAGCAAGCCUCCCAGUGCUCCGCAGCCUUUCCCUCCUGGAGAAGAGCUCCUGGUUUGUGACGAGCUGACAGUGAUUCCAGAGCAACCCCAAACCCUCACUGAAGGGCCUGGGGACGAGGGGACAGCAGAGCUCCCUCAGGACUCUGCACCAGGAGACCCCCACUCAGGAGUGGGAGCAGCCUCAGGAGAAAUAAUAUCCUAAAUAUCCUCCUCAUUCUUCCUUGGGAAUGAGAAGCAAAAGGACUUUUGGGUUCAUCUCACUGCUGUUCCCCAGCAGGAAAACCCCACGGCCAAACACGGGGUCACAGACUUUUGACAGAAUCAUUUUAUUUUUUUAAGUGCGAGAAACUGGGCUCUAAAUUAGGAAUUAAAAGAUCCAUAACUUUUGCCACUGGUGGAUGUGGCUCCCUGAGGAGUUGUAGCAAUUCUGGCACUGAUUAUGACACUAAAAAGGAAAUGUCAUAUUUGUAUAGAAUGCUAAUUAAUUGAACUUUGAUGAACUAUUUAUUGCAAAAAGUAAUCAAAACGUUUAUAAAAGAAAAUCGUAUUUUGUAAGGAAAGACCUGAUCUGGUUUAUUUUUUCCUAAUGAGAAAUGAUGUGUUUUUAAGGGAAUCAUCUUUCUAUGGAAUUUAUUCUUCCCUGAUGCAAAGUUGUGAUGUUUUUAGGGUGGGAUGAACUGAUGCCUGUGGGAAACUUGGCAGCUGAAGUGGGAAUUAAAUUAGGCUCAUUUUAAUUACCUGCUGAUGUGUGUUGUUAAUGUUAAAAAUGCAGGGAGCUGUGACUCCCUGCUCCAAAGGCAGCCUCGCCUGCACAGGGGGGUAAGGGCUGUCCCCAGCCCUGGGGCAGGAGCACAGGCUUGUGUCACUGUGCCAGGGUGACAGGGAGAAACUGAGCUCUGUCACCAAAGGGAA